AUGGAGGUGAGAUGGUUCCGAUCUGAGUUUGCAUCCUUUGUGCACCUGUAUCACGAUGGGAAGGAUCAAUAUGAUGGGCAGAUGCCAGAGUAUCAGGGAAGGACAGCGCUUUUGAAAGCCGGACUCACAGCUGGACAUGUUCCCUUGAGGAUUCUCAAUAUCAGACGCUCUGAUGAAGGACGAUACAUCUGUUUUGUUCAAGACGAUACUUUUUAUGAAGAAACAGUAUUGGAACUGCGGGUAGCAGAGAAACGAGAUAACGAAAUAAGGUGGAGAAGAUCUGUGGCACCCAUAGAAGAAGCGAAUGUGACUCUGGAUCCAGAAACGGCACAUCCCAAACUCAUCCUGUCGAAGGAUCUGAAAAGUGUGAGAUGGGGAGACACAUGGCAGGAUCUGCCCGACAACCCUGAGAGAUUUAACUCUGUGCCCUCUGUGCUGGGCUGUGCAGGAUUUUCCUCGGGGAGACAUUGCUGGGAAGUGGAGGUGGGGGAGGGGCAAUUCUGGGCUGUGGGGGUGGCCAGAGACUCUGUGGGGAGGAAGGGACGGAUCAGCCUUAGCCCUGAGAGGGGGAUCUGGGCUGUGGGGUGGGGGGAGGGUGGGUUCCAGGCUCUCACCUCCCCUGUGACCCCCCUGCCGCUGAGCCAGGUCCCCAGCAGGAUCCGGGUUUGUCUGGACUGUGACCGGGGGCAGGUGACAUUUAUCGAUGCUGGUGAUGAAGCCCCAAUCUUCACUUUCCCGCCGGGCUCUGUCCCUGGGGAGAGAAUCCGACCCUGGUUCUGUGUGGGGCCAGAAUCCCGUCUCAGACUGUCCCUGAGACACGUGGGAGAGCGGGGGGAAUAUUCCACUGGGGCCCUGAAAUCAACCUCUCUAGCCUCACACACCUCAGUCUCUAUGAUCUCGGAAGACUCCCUGGCUCCCGGGAGGAGGAAUAGCUCAGUGGUUUGAGCAUUGGCCUGCUAACUCCAGGAUUGUGAGUUCAAUCCUUGAGGGCUCCAUUACAGAACUGGCAUAAAAAUCUGUUUUGGGAUUGGUCCUGCUUUGAGCAGGGGGUUGGACUAGAUGACCUCCUGAGGUCCCUUCCAAUCCUGGUAUUCUAUGAUCUACCCAACCCUCUGGCCUCUUAACUCUGUGAUCCUUGGAAGCUCCUCCCCCUCCCUGUGGCUGCAGGAGGGGCAGAGGUGGGGGCUGGGCAGGGACACAGAAUGAAUCAAUCAAGGUUGCGGAGAAGCAGCAGGGAGUAUUUUGUACAGAACCAUCUCAUUGGGGUCUCCCAGCAAGAGCUCCUGCCACAGGGGCCCAAGUCACCAUCCCAGAGAGCUGGCAAAUUUGUAACAGUCACACAGACGGGGGAUGGACAGAAGUACAGAUAGAUCAACUGCUCCAGAGGGAGGAGUUUCCCAGACCAGCUCCUCUGUGGGGCUUGAUGCUCCAGAUUUAAGGUUCUCAGUUUACAGGGUGGGCGUGGGGCUGUCCCUGUGCCUUGUUCCCCUGGAGGUGGAUGGGAGGAAGGUCAAUGAAUACUGAGACAUGGGCACUGAGGUGACGCUGGCCUGGCCCAAGGCAGUAGCCACAGAUUGGGUGGUGCCUGACACUGACAGGUGUGUACGGGACCCCAUUCAAGGUGGCCGUGGUGAGGGUACAUCUAAAAUGAGGGGGCCAAGGAGGGCCCCAGGAUAUGGGGAGUGCACCAUCAUUUUCCCACUGAGGUGUUAAUGGGGGUGACCUAGAGGAUUGGACAAGCAACCCCCAGAAUGCCCUAGUUAUGACCCAUAGCCAGAGUCAGCUAGGGGUGAGGCGCAGGACCCUACCCUGGUGGGGAGGGAGUGUCCAGGGAUGAGGCUCAGAGGGGUGGCAGCUUCAGACCCAGCUGGUGAGAGGGAGCAGGUCCCCAUCCCUUCCCCAGCCACUGAGUUCCAGGCUGAGUUGCAGAAAGAUCCCUCCUU